AUGGUGGUCAAGAGGAGGUUAAAAUGUUGCUCUAAUGGCUUUGAUUUCCCCAAUAUUCCAAAGGCUCCUCGUUCAAGCAGGAGGAAGGUAUCAAAUAUGGGAGGUGGUGAGUUUGACAGUGAGUUCAGUGGAAUUAAUUUGCUGGCUUCUUUGGUUGGAAAGUUACUGGACGAAAGCGAAAGCUCAUCAACCUCUGCCUAUGAUCUUUUGGGUGGAGAGAUUAAGCAAGAACAUGAACAUGUCUAUGAUCAUAAGCCUUGCAAAUCCGACUUCUCUCAUCAAGGAAGCCCCGCAACUAGUGAAAACACUAGCGAGACGUGUUUGCAGAUUUCGUCUCUGGAAAAUGAUUGCAUUCUGGAGCAAACACCUGUCUCUGAUUGCAAGAGAGUUUGUGGUUUGAAUCCCUUAGUAGGGUGUGAGAACAAGAAAAGGGAUUGUGAUUCUCUGGUUGAAUCUGGGGGCAUCUCUGAGGAGACAUGUGUUCUUAAUGUAGAAGCGAUCAAUGGCUUGGAAGACGGUGGCUUAUUACCGGAAUCAGUCCCUAAUGGUUCUGUUAAAGGAUAUGAGAAUCAUUCUAAGUUAGUUUGCAGAGAUGAUGACGAAAACUUUUGUAAGUAUUACACACUUAGUGACAAAUGUAAGUCGUAUAGGCCUUUGACACGUGUUGGAAAUCGAAGAACAAAGAUGACGAAAUACGGGAGAGGAGUCCCCAGGUCCAAGUGUUUCGAAGACACUAGAACAGAUGGUUGCUUAAAGGCUUAUCACCGCAAGAGGAAAUUAGGUUAUGGUUACAACUCAUGGAAGCAUGAGACCCUUCAUAGGAAGAGAAGAUUGUCUGACAAAGGGUUGGUGGUAAACUCUGAUGGAGGACUCAGUAGUGAAAGUGUAUCCAAUUCACCUGAGAAGGGAGAGUCAGAAGUUGGUGUUUUCUCCGCUGCCAUAGGUCUUCAUUCAAAGGACUCUCGUGUAAAGUUCAGCAUCAAGUCCCUUAGGAUUCCAGAGCUUUUCAUUGAAGUUCCAGAAACAGCAACAGUAGGCUCACUUAAGAGAACGGUGAUGGAGGCUGUAAAUGCUUUAAUAGACGAUGGAAUACGCAUUGGAGUGUUAUUCCAAGGGAAGAAGGUUAGAGAUGACAACAACACUCUAUCACAGACUGGUCUUUCCUGUAGAGAAAAUCUAGGCAACCUUGGCUUCACCUUGGAGCCUGCUCCCGAAAAACUGCUUGUCCCUCUUUGCUCUGAAAGUCCUAUGAUUCCUAUGCCAACUGAUUCUACAAAUUUUUCAGAAAGGUCUGCAGCUUCUCCGGCGUUAGAUUCUAGACUUUCUUUCCGUCUCCAAGAUGCAGAUCACCUGAUUAGUUCGGGAAAUAGUGUGGAGAAUAAGCAGGAGUUAGUUCCAUAUCAGAGUGACAUAUCAGCUGAAGAACAACAUUCAUCAGACUCAAGAGCGCUGGUUCCAGUUUCAGCCUUGGGAUCGGAGGCUCUUGCGAUUGUUCCACUUAACGAGAAACCUAAGCGUACAGAGGCUUCACAGCGCAGAACCAGGAGACCAUUCUCUGUCACAGAGGUCGAAGCUCUAGUACAUGCAGUUGAGGAACUUGGCACUGGAAGAUGGCGUGAUGUGAAACUGCGUUCUUUUGAGAAGGCUAAUCAUCGAACCUACGUGGACUUGAAGGACAAAUGGAAAACUUUGGUUCACACAGCAAGUAUUUCGCCGCAACAACGAAGAGGAGAACCAGUGCCUCAAGAACUGCUUGACAGAGUGUUGGCUGCACAUAGGCAUUGGUCACAGAACCAACUUGAGAAACAGAAUGGGAAACAUCAAGCUGCUGCAACAAUGGUGGUUUAA